AUGGGUUUGACCAACAGCAGCACUCUAGUUGUGUGUCAAGAACCUGACAUUGAAAACUGGGACCACCUUCCACCCUGCAACAAGUACCUCUGCCCAUUGCUGCACACAUGCAUUGUCAUCCCAGUGACAGCUAUUUGCUUGGUCUUGCUGGUGCUGGGUGUAAUUGGCAAUGUCUUGACUGUGAUUGUAACAAGCUGCUCUCAAGAGCUACACAACACUACCAGUUUAUAUCUGGGCAGUUUGGCUGUCUCUGACCUGUUGAUGCUCCUCCUGGGUCUACCCAUGGAUCUGUACCGUUUGUGGCGCUUCCAGCCAUGGGUGCUGGGCACUGUGCUGUGCCGUGUGUGGCACUGGUCAAGUGAAGCAUGUGCCUACUGUUCCAUCCUGCAUCUGACAGCCCUGACAGCUGAGCGCUAUCUGGCCAUUUGCUUCCCGCUGCGGGCUAAGGUCCUGGUGACCCAACAGCGGGUAAAAGCCCUGCUGGUAGUGCUCUGGGCUGUGGCACUGCUCUCUGCUGCACCUUACCUAUUCCUUAUGGGAGUCCGACAGGCUGGCAACCUUUCCAGUGAUGAUGAUUUCAGCCGUCAAUGUGGCCCUACUUUGUACGCCCAACAGUCAGGGCUGUUGGAGACAAUGCUCUGGGUCACCACCAGCUACUUCAUUCUCCCCUUCUUCUGUCUCUACAUUCUCCACAGCUUGAUUGCUAGAGAACUUUUGUCUGUUGGCAAAACACAUCUUGGUGUGGCUUCAUACCGGAACCAUCAGCAAACAGUGCGCAUGUUGGUUAUCCUGGUUCUGGCAUUCCUCAUUUGCUGGUUGCCCUUCCAUGUUGGCCGGAUCAUGUAUAUCAACGCAAAGAAUUUCAAGAUGAUGCUCUUCACUCAGUAUUUUAAUGUUUUUGCGUUGCAGCUUUUCUACUUGAGUGCUGCUAUCAACCCAAUCCUUUACAAUCUUGUCUCAAAGAAAUACAGGGCAGCAUUGUUCAAGUUGCUGGUAACCAAAAAGCAACCAGAACGGGCUUCAACUAUUACGAGAGAGACAGCUGGCUACCUAGAGAUUACUGGAUAA